AUGAAUAGCGUUCAGAUGAUGACGCCUCUGCAAGCACUUUCUCACGACCUCAAUACCCUCGCACUUAACGAACACACCCUUCUCCCUUGGGACGUCAAGCCCUUCCCAUCCUCUUCCAGCUCCUCGUCCUCAGGCUCGGGCACGCACACACCCGCCUACCCCUCCGUCGCCGCUGCAUUCGAGCAAGACGUGGCAUACGCACCGAUAUACGACGAAUACAGCGAGACAGGCCGCGUACACGCCUUGCUACUCGAGCGCGAGCGUCUUUCUGCUCUCAUGCUCGCUGGCUCCUCCCCCGCUUUCUCUCGCUCAGGAAAACACGAUUAUGCUGAUACGAACGUGUCGAUCUCCGCUGCGGGACGGACGCUGAUCAUCAAGCACUGGCUCAUCGCCCACCCCACCCUUACCGUCGGCUUGCAGGACAUCAUCUACAUCCUUCCUGCAAAAUGUGUCGUUCCUGCACACGGGAUCACCGCUUGGGGUGUGGGAGAAACAGGCGUCAGCUGGGCAAGAGACGUGAGACGCACGGAUCCGGGUACGAAGGAGUACGAGCGGAGCUACGUAUGCAAGUUUCGCGCCCCUGCUGGAGAGGGCAGGGAGAGCAGGGAAUGGUACGCAGGGUUCACGGUCGAGAACCCAGACAGAUUCGUCGAGGUGCUCGAGGACACGUGGUAUGGUGAUUAGGUGGGAAGGUGGGGAGGAUGUCUGGAUAUGGUUCAGGGAGGCGGCUCGUCAACCCUGCGGGUCAGCGGGGGGCGGGGAGGGCGGCAUCAUACGCCUAUGUAACCGGGGACCAUUGCCCACUCUGGUAACCGGGUACACCAAGACAUCUAUUUCGGACUUGGGCACGUGACGCGGCUGGCCACGGAAAG